GGGGCGAUGGCGCCGCCGCCAUGGGGGUCCCGCAGCGCCCGGCCCCUGCCCGCCCGCGGGUGGUACCUGUCCGCCCGCCUGCAGGACGAGGAGGACGAGGAGGAUGAGGAGGAGGACGGGGAGUCCGCCCCGCUGCUGCCGCCGCCGCCGGCGCGCAGCGUGCGUGUGAGGGGCGGCGGGGAGGGAGAGCCCCGAGGGGGCUGCGCGGCCGCGAGUUCUUCAAGUCGUGGUUCCUCAUUUGCUUUCUCGGUGUUCAACCUAAUGAAUGCAAUCAUGGGCAGUGGGAUACUUGGCUUAUCCUAUGCUAUGGCCAACACAGGGAUCAUGGGCUUUAGUGUCUUGCUGCUGAUUGUUGCCAGCCUUGCUUCUUACUCUGUGUUUCUUCUGCUCAGUAUGUGCACUCAGACUGCUGCCACUUCUUAUGAAGACCUUGGCCUGUUUGCCUUUGGAUCAGCUGGAAAGGUCCUGGUUGCAACUACAAUAAUUAUCCAGAAUAUUGGAGCCAUGUCAUCUUAUCUGUUAAUUGUGAAGUCUGAGCUUCCUGGGGCUGUUGCAGGAUUCUUGAGUGGAGCCGAGAGCGGGUCUUGGUACCUCGAUGGGAGGCUGCUGCUGCUCAUUACUUCAGUCUGCAUUGUUUUUCCUCUUGCCCUUCUUCCUAAAAUUGGCUUUCUUGGCUACACAAGUAGUUUAUCAUUUUUCUUUACGGUGUACUUUACUCUUGUGGUUAUGAUUAAAAAAUGGUCGAUCCCUUGUCCUCUACCUCUGAGCAGUGCCAUAGAGGCUUUACAGGUUUCAAAUUCUACUGGGGAUUGUAAAGCAAAGCUCUUUCAUCUUUCAAAAGAGAGUGCUUAUGCAAUACCAACCAUGGCCUUCUCUUUUCUCUGCCAUACCUCAGUCUUACCCAUCUACUGUGAGCUCCAAAGUCCAUCCAAAAGUAGAAUGCAGAAUGUAACUGUCACAGGAAUUGGUCUGAGUUUCCUGAUUUACUUUAUAUCUGCUCUGUUUGGGUACCUGACAUUUUAUGACAAAGUGGACUCUGAAUUGCUACGAGGUUACUCCAGGUACCUGCCCCAUGAUAUGGUCAUCAUGACUGUUAAAGUAGCCAUCCUGUUGGCUGUGCUCUUGACAGUCCCUCUAAUCCAUUUCCCAGCAAGGAAAGCUCUGUUGAUGGUAUUUUUCUCUCAUCUUCCUGUGUCGUGGAUUUGCCAUAUCCUUGUGACUUUAACACUGAAUACAAUUGUUGUUUUGUUUGCAAUGUAUGUGCCAGACAUUAAGAAUGUAUUUGGAGUAGUUGGUUCAACCACAUCAACGUGUUUGCUUUUUGUAUAUCCUGGACUAUUUUAUCUUAAACUUAGCAGAGAGGACUUCGUAUCACCACAGAAACUUGGGGCGUGUGCCUUGGUUAUUUUUGGCAUUUGUGUUGGCCUUCUGAGUUUAGUUCUGAUAAUUUACAAUUGGAUUGAUCAGUAGCAGCCUGUUGACACUGUCUGAACUGAGCUCCAGGAGGACAGCAAGAACCAGAGACGUGGCAACACUACUGCAGUGAAGGCUGGACAUCCUAAAGAAACACUGACCAAAGCUGCCUGUGGAAGAAAUAAUGCUCUUUUCAACUACAUUCAUGAUGGUCCUGCUUUAAUCUGCAAUCACUCUCUUCAGUUGCUGGACAAUUAAUUAGUUUUUGCCGUUCUGAAAGACCGGUUUUUAAUGAUGUAACAGUGACAGGUAAAAAGGUCUCUUGAGAAUUUCUGCGGUGCAAAAAUGGUUAUGGGGCAGAUAGUGAACAAAAGUAGAACUUUGAAAUAACUCCCCCUUUAAAGACAACGAGGUGAACAGAUGUUAUAUCAGUCAUUAUGUGCAUAUCAUGAUACUUCCAGUUAGGAUAGUGCACAUUAUCCUAAACUGGGCAAGACUUCCAUUGCUUGAAUAAUUUCCAAUAUUUCAGCCAGUUCAUAGUAAGAAUUUUCUGAUUCCGAGUGUUUACCCUAAUUUAUCCUAAGAUGGAUCCAGAAACCAGGUGCCUUAGCCCAGUUUAAUGGGCACGUCAUGAUAAUAUUUGUUAAUUGCUUUUUGAAAUACAGUUUUUGUGUGUCAGCACACUUAAAUCAUUCUGUUGCAAUUGUUAAAUUAGCAGGCUUUGCCCAUCGAGCAUAAUAGCUUUUAGUAGCAUUAGGAAGUACUUUUAUUUUGCAGCUAGUAAUAGACAUUUUUCAGUUAGUAUCUGCUUUUGAAUACUAUUCAGUGUACCUCAGUAUUUCUCCCAGUAAAAGACUUUCUUCUUUUUCUCUCUUAUUCCCAUUUCUACAAGUGUUACAGGUUUGAACUAGAGUGUUUCCAUGUUUUAUGUUCUGUUGUGUGUCAGAGAAAGUUUGGGCUUGAAAGGUGAAAAUCUGUCUCUGUUGAAGACAAAGGGAAAUUUUACAUUUGUGCUACUUUACCUCAGAUCUCUAUAAACUUCCAUGUAGUCCUUUAUAAUUCCUUUUUUUCCCCCCUAAAUGCAAUGUGAAUGCAAUUUUCAACACCAGCUGGGCUUUGCUGAAUACAGUAUUGAUUGCCCCCAAAAAAGGUCCUCCUGUUGGUAGAAUGGGAGCAGUGGCUGGUAUCCUGGUAAGGUUUUUAACAUUUGUUUCUGUCAGGUGGCAUCUCAUGGCUUUCAAGUGGCCUCAUUUCUUCAGAGCCUUCCUGCCCUAAGGAAGCAAAGCCUGAUUAAAUGUGCUUGAUCCUCACCUGUCUAAUAGGGAGGAACAACAAAGAGUAGAGUUGGAAUCACCUUCUCUAUUCCUGAGCCUGAAAACCAGGAUUUCUCAUGCCAACAGAUCACUUGGCUUUCUUGGGAUCCAUAAGAUACUUUUCAUUUUUGAUGGAUGGCCUGAAAGCACCCGGGUGGUGUGGCUUGGUACUGCCUCAGGAAUCCUUUUUGCUUGGAAAUAUCCUUCUACUUAGGGGUUUAAUAUAGAAACAGACAUGUGUGGUGAGGCCUGGGAACUAACUCAGAAGUUUUGGUAGGUUACCAAAGAAAAGAAUCCCUGGAAAAUACUGCAGUUAUUUUUAUAAUAAAGUUUCUAGCAGAGGUUUUAUGAUUCCAGGUGAGCCAUCUCGUUUGGCAGUACCAGGAACAGCAUGUCCAUUCUUGGCCAGGAGUUUCCAACUCGUUCUGUGGCACUGGCAGUGGCUCCUGUCAGCUUGUUUAACCAGCAGAAAACCAACAUGACUGAGAGGUGUGACAUGUUAUCUGCCAAAAAAAAAUUAAUUUCAUUUUAUUGUUGUAGUUCUCCCAACUUGUUUAACUCUUGAUAACCAGGUGUAGCUGCCCUCUGAUAGCUGUGUCUCGUGGGCUUCAUUGCACUACAGGGAUUCAGACACUCAGGGAAUCUCUGGCAGUACUGUAAAAAGCUAAAUAUGUACCUUACAAAAGUGUGCCUUCAGCAAGCAAUGACAACUGUACAUCAGCAAGUGAUUUUCUGUGUGACUGAACCAAAACUUCAUAGGAAAACAGAAGACCUUACAUUGAUGAGAAUGAACUCAGGGAUUUUUGUCAGACACUAGAAUUUAGGUAGUGUAUUUAUUAGAAUUUUUAUGGAAAUUCUUUCUCAUUUAUUAUCUGCUCUUGUAGACACUGUGGAGUGUACCUGUAGGACAUCACUACAGUCACUUUAUUUUAAACUAACCAGCAAGGCUUAACUCUGAAUACUUAGAUGAUCUGUGAGGGGACAGGAAGUUGGCAAAGCUUUACUAACCUUUUGCUCUUUCCUCGGCCCCCUGAAAAAGCUGAGUCUUGCCAUGCUCUCUUGCCCCCAGGCAGCUGGGUUUGUGUGCAUCAUCUUAAAAAUGUGACUGAGAAAAUACCUGAAAUGCAGUGUUAAUUUUACAGUGGAUUCCUGUCACGCUGCAGAAAUCACUACAGUAUUGUUUUUAAUCCCUGGGUAUUAUCCUAACUAGCCUGGCUAUCCACUGACUGUCCUGGUAGGUAGACUUUGGAAUGAUGAAUGCCAGUGUAUGAAGUUAAUACUUGGUGAGGAUGAAUGGAAGCAAUUCACAGCUCUGCUGAGCUCUAUUAUUACAUUUUGGCUGUGGUGCAGAAGGGAUAGCACAGGGGGUUACAGGAUGUCUGUUACCCUUCAUCUGAAAAAAGAGUUAGAAAUGCUGCUACUUCUAAGUUUCUAUAAUACUUAAAAUAUGGAGGGAGGGAGAGGGGCAGAAAGAGAAGGAAUUUCUGUUGUCAAAUUUAGGAGGAGGUGUGAGCGUUGUCACAAUGAAAAAGCAGAGUAAGAACACUAUUUUCAUCCUCCACAUCUCCCAUGGCCAUUCUGUGCCCUGUGUGUGUGUUUUGCUACAACUGAGUAUUUGCAUGAAUUUUUUGCGGAAAACAGGCCUCCAAUCUGGAACUCUCUGCUCACUCAA